AAUAUGUAUAAACACAUAACACUAUUUUCAAUAAUUGCAAUAUCUUCCUAGUGCAAGGAUCCAAUCAGCUAGACGCAUAAUUUUAUUUAUAAUAAUUAAUUUAGAGAAAUUAUUGAAAACAACCCUAGUAAAAGAUUUGUUUUGAAAACUUUAAAUUUAAUUUAUAUUUCAAAUAAAAUUUUUGUUUACUGAAAAAUUUGAAAUGGAAAACUCGAAAUCUUCAGAAGGAUCUGAAAGAAAUGUCUCAUCAUCUUCGACGGAUAGCUCUUCUUCAAACCAGUCAGCCGACAAUGCAGAAAAGAGCUCUACUACGAAGCCAGUGCGAGAGGACAGUCAAGAACCUGAACUUGAAAAUAUGAUGCUGCGAAUAAAAGAGUUAGAACUCCAGAAUAGUAUUCAACAGUCGACAAUAGAAAUACUUUACAGAACUCAAAACUUGAAGACUCCAAGUUUUUUUGAUAACAUGUUACCUGUGACAACAGAGGAAAAUUUAGAAGAACUAACAAAAUUAUUAAAAACAAAUGAUUCUUUGAAAAAAGAGUUUAGUGAAUCUUUGGUGCUCGAAAUUGAUAGAGAAAACGUUCUCUCUCGAUCUAUUACAUAUGUAAUGAAAAAGAUUCUUAGCAAAGAUGUUGCUAAUUUAUUUAAUCUAAAAUGUCAAAUGGGUAACAAAAAAGUUUUUAAAGGAACACCACUUUACGAAUUCAUUUAUGAGUUUGUAACUGCUUAUUGCCAGAAAAAAUUUGUUGUCUUUUCGGACAAAGAAUUUGAUCAAGAACUGACAAAAGUAUUGACACGUAUCCAACGCUAAGAAUUGGAACCCCUAUGUAACAAGUUUCAAGUAAAUCUUGUAAAUUUUUAAAAAAUUCAUAAGCCAUAUUGGAUCCGACAUUUUGAAUUCUUGAAACCUAAGGUGAAAUACGUAUUCAUGUAAAUAUGAAAAUUAUUUUCGCCUCAUUAAAAAGAAAUUGAAAGAAGGAAAAAUUUUUUAUACCCCGGGAAGUCUAUGUAAAUUUCCUCAUAAUUAUUGAUGACAUUCAUACAAUACAUAAUGAAGAUACAUUAAGUUCCGUUCUCUGGAACAUGAAACCAGUUCAACGUACUAAAUACUGCAAACAUCAAUCACAACUGCGAAUAUGAAGUUACUGCAAUCAGACUCCUCUAAUAUGCUCGAGCGCUCUAUAAUGAAACUAUAAAUUUCCAUUAGAGGUCAUUUUCAUUCAAUUAUCGAAUUUAUAUAUAAUUUUCGAAAAUUAAUUCAGUGAAUAAAAUUUUACUAAAUCAUUGUAUAUAAAUAGCUUCCUGCUCUUUUUUAAUAAAUGGUAAAAUAAAUUUAAAACUAAAAAUUUUCAAUUUAUUAUUCAUGAAAAGAACUUACUAUACAGUAAAAGAAUGUUUAGAUCUGCUUAAAGAGUUAAAAGAGCUUACUUUUUGAAAAGUAUCUCGCAAAAAGUUUCUAUCAAUUUUACAUUUAUUUGUAAAAGCUUUUAGUUGGGUGUUUCAUCUUCUCUUUUGUAAAAGACCAUGGAUAGAUAUUUUCCAUAUACUUGCUAAAGAAGAGAAACAGAGUUGCUUCAGGGCAGAGCAAUAUACUGUUUUCAGUUUUGGUUGAGUUCUCGCCUGCUAACAAACUUUGCCUUCUCUGUCAGCUGUGCUGGAUUCUCGAAUUAAUGAAAAGAGAAAAAAAAGUUUAAAAAAUAUUUCUUCAAACGGACAAACUAUGUAACAAGAAUCUAAUUAAUUUCAUGAAUGUAAUAAAUAUUAUUUACCCUAUUAUUACAAAAUCAAAGAUUAUUUCCGAUUUUUCUAUAAAUUUUUUUCAUUCUCAACAAUUAAUUUUUAAAAAGUAGCAUUAAAGACGGAAAAAAAAUUUUUAAAUCAA